AAAGCGAAGUUUACUAUACUGUCGCCCUGCAAUAAAAGGGAUAAAACCGUCUGUCUUUGAAGCCUGCGUUGUUGGGAGAAUUUAAAUACAUUCCGAGGGUCGUAUACAAUGAUGAAUUGACGUUGGAGAAGCGUGACGACAGGAGCAGAGCGGCGAGAAAGAGUGACGCCCCACUGUUCCAGCUCGAUGUUGCUAUGCCGCGGACUCGGAUGUAUGUGUGGUGUGAAGUUGUCAGGUCGCUCACUCCGCCCGGAGCUAAAUGGAUGUGAAAUGUCACUCUGCUUAGCCAAAUAAGUCGAACACAAGACGAGCGGUUUGCUUCAAAAUGCGCAGAACCGCCAACUUCAGCCGUCGUUUAAGGAACCCGAGUGAUUCUGUCACUCCGCUUUGAAGACAAAUGGACCUGGACUUCAGAAAGCCGAAUCUCAUGUGUGGGGGAUUUCGCUAACCCGAGGAGUCCAGUCAUGGAUGAUCAUGGAUCUCAGCCUCAUCCUCGCAGCUCUGGUGUGAGGGUGUCGACCAAAAGCAAAGCCCCGUGUCCUCCAGAACUGAAAAAUCUGGAUUCCCCUGGACUCUCCCAGUGGUACCCAGGAAACCCUCACUUAACCAUGGAUCAGAAGGAGAAUCUCAUCGAUAAAGAGCUCUCUCUGGUUGUUGUAUUGCCAGAUGGGGCAGAAAAAAUGACAGCAAUACAUGGAAGCAAACCUCUGAUGGAUUUGUUGGUGACUCUGUGCGCCAAGUACCACCUGAACCCGUCCAGCUACACCUUAGAACUGGUCACCAGCAACAGACACAACAUCAAGCUCAAACCCAACGCUCUCAUCGGAACGUUGGACGCAGAGAAGAUCAUUCUCAAACCGAAAGGGGAAGAUAAGAAUAAGAAGACAGGUCCGCAAAUGCCUGAGGCGACGGUUCGGAUGGUGAUCAACUACAAACAGACGCAGAAGACCAUUUUAAGAGUGAACCCUCGAGUCCCGCUGGCUCAGCUCUUACCAGCGAUCUGUGAGAAAUGUGAGUUCGACACCGAGACAACUAUCCUACUGAGAGAUGUGCAAUCACUGGCCCCUUUGGACUUGUCCUGUUGCCUAAAUGAUUAUGCAAUACGGGAGCUUUAUGCAAGGGACACGAAAGGUCCAACGACACCCACAUGUCCAGUCUCGCCGACGCAUGUCGAAAAAGUGACACCGGGGAAAGAUAAGAAUCAGAAAGAGAAGGAAAAUAAAGGGCUCUUCAGCAAGUUCAGGAAAAGCAAGAAGGCAUCUGAGCAGGCAACGACAGCGAGCGCUCCAGCCUCUCCGGUGCUGGUGAGCAAACCUCGGCCCCUGAGCAUGGCACUGCCGAGUACAAAUUCAUCCCCACUCCAUUCACCCCUGAGUCCCGGACAUGUGCCAAAGAAGAGACGUGCACCUCCGCCUCCGGUCCCCGUGUCACAGAGCUGCACCCCGGACAUCAGCCCUCGCCAAAGACUCAAUUCCGAGCCCAUCACCAGACUGGACCACGACCAGGUGUCGAGCUUGACUCGAGGAUCCUCAGCAGAGUCUUCGCUGAGAAGAACCAAACGAAAAGCUCCCCCUCCCCCGGCAUCCCCGUCCUCUGUUGUCCAGCCAGGAGAGCAGUCACAAGGCAUUCCUACUGCUGAAGCCUUAGAUGAGAUCAUGGAGCAGGAGGAGAGCACCACAGCUUCCAUCAGAUCCACCAGUGACACCCAGAGAGAUGACAACAGCCUCAGCCUGUCACUGCCGUCCCCGUCGCCGGACCUUGAGCUGCCCAGCGCCGUGUCCAACGAGGUCUUUGAGGACAGUCACUCAGGUGAUCUGUCCUCAGAUGGCAAUCAAGUACAGAGGACAGAGGACGAUUCUUCAGCUGCUGCAGUUCCUGUACCAGCAGAUGCUUGUGAAACUCCAGCUGAAGGAGAGAUCCAACUCCCAGACAGUCAAGACCCAAGAGCUGAGAGUGUACAGAGCGAAGUCAGCACUGUUCCCAGUGACCUCCCGUCCUCGCCUCUCCCACCUCCCCCACCACCUCCUCCUGUCAUGCAGAAUGAAGACCAAGUCCCGUUUGAGGAAAAGCCUCCUCCGUCAUGCGAGCAGAUGGUUGGGCUGGAGAUCACCGCCGACACCUCACGCCGGGCUGGAGAGAAUGCUCAGGUGCAGACAGAUUUGGUUUCCAACCCGGAGCCUGUGCAGCAAGAGCUGGCUCCUGACUCAGCUAAUCCAGCCACAGCAAAGAGAGAUAUGGCCACGCUGACAGAGGAGCUGCACUUCAGCGAACAGACGAGCAUGACUCCCCCGACCCUGGAGUCACCUCCAGACUCAACACAGCCAUGCCUGGCCACAACAAAGCCUCCUUCUAUUUAUGCCCCUGACUCUGAGCCAAAGCCCAAACCAUCGAAUGAGCUGACAAGGGACUACACUCCCAAAGUGGGAAUGACAACAUACACUAUUGUGCCUCACAAAUCGGCGGAAAAACUCAGAUAUUUUGAAGUUGCACUGACACUGGAGGCUCCUCCCGGAGGCACAGAAGAAGGACCAGAUAUGGCCUCUCUGCAGCUGGAGGAGCGCGCUGCACCCAGGGAACAGAGCGAGGUCUCCAGGGAGCAAGGCGGACUGUUUACUAGGUCGGCCGCCGAUGAGGUCCUUGCCAUCAGCACGACUACUUCCACGACUACUCGAGGCACUGGCACAGAAAACACUGCUCCCUCUUCACCCAAAACCGAGGAGAAGCUGUCGCCCUCUUCUCCGGCAGGUUCACCAGCAGUCAUCAAGGAAGUGAAAACUCCACCUGCGACUAAACCGAAGCCGGGAUCUUUCCGCUUAGCAAAGCACAAAAAAACCCCAGGGUAUUAUGUAACGUCAGCGGCAGAGAAGAGCGCCAGUGGCAGUCUGACCAGCAGCCACAGGGAGGAUCAUGCAGGUCCAGAGAGAGUCAAGUCUCCUCCUCAUUCCCCUCCUGCUGGACACCACGCAGCUCCGGUCGCUAAUGUGGAGCUCACUCCUAAAAGUGAUGUCAACGUUCCACCCCUGAUUCGGCAAACAAGUCUGCCUUCCAACCAGCAGAGCUACAGGUUAAGUUUGGAAAAACUGAGGAGCUUCGCUGCUCCAAGACCGUACUCUCCAGCUACCCCGUCCCGCUUCGCCCAGGCGGUGUCGUCUGCUGUUAAAAAGAGCCAUGCGCUCCCUCAGGGACCAAAGUCGCCUCAGUCCCCCGGAUCACCGGCUUUCUCUCCUGUUAAAAGUCCCAAAACUGUGAGCACAAAAGGGACAUUUACGUUAAAGCAGGACAGUGAACACACAGACGAGGUCUUUUACGAAAACCCUGCGGCGUCUGAAGCACAAGUUGAACCGUCGCUUCAGGACGUUGCUCCACUAGGGGAAAGUCAUCUCUAACUUCACUCUCACUCACAAUGUUCUACUGUAAGCGACUUCAUUUUCUGGACUUCACUGACAAGGCUUGACGAAGAUCAGUUUAAAAGUGAUAUUCAUUCUCCUCCUCUAGGUGGCGCCUUUUCCGUCUUCUUUUGAGUUUCUUGAGCACAAAAGCAGAAUUGCCUUAACUUUACACAUUUGGUUGCCUUUGUACAUAAAACAUAAAGAAUCUUAAUUGUUAUUAACUGUAUUUUGGUUCCUCAGAUUCAAAAUAUUGGCUUAUUUUAACAACUCACCUUUAUUGGAUGUGACCUUGUAUUCGGGUUAGAAAAGUUAAAUUAAACUUUUUAUUUUGUAAAUUAUUCCUGGUUAUAUGCAGAGUUGUAAUAUUAUUUGGAUAAAUUUAUAUCUUUAUUAUACUGUGCGUGUGCGUGUGAGUGAGUGGCAGACCAGACAUGGUGCUGUGACAGAGUUCACCUCAAUCCACAGUGGAUUUCAGUAAAAUCUAUAAAUAUGCCUGACUGCAACUGUUAUUACAAAUAAAGGUUUUAUCAUUUGAA